CUGGAGUUGCUGCUAUGCGUAUCACUUUGUUUGAUGUCAAACUUUGACUUUUGAACUUUGACCCGCGGAUAUAAUAAGGAAUGUGACUCGCGGAUGUCGUACCUCCUCUGAUAUCACCCUACAGAGAAAUUAUGGUAUUGUGAUACCCCGGCACAUCUCCACCAUCCUCCACCAUCCUCCCUACCCUCAUAUGCACUUCACAUUCCCACACCCAGCAAGCCUGCAGUCUAUGGCUGUCCCACGAUGCAGUCAUGCAGGUGACUAUCACAGUCUAGUACACUACAACCUCACAGCAACAGGGCCACUACCACUAAGGUGGAGUUUGGCUUGUCCGUCCCAGAGGGGUAUAUGGUCAAUUUACGUUUGAUCUUGGUCAUCUGCACUGGAGUAUCGUAUGGGAUCUAUAUUCUCCACAGUUAUAUUGCACCUUUCACUUUAAUAUCAGACUUGCCCUCCAAGCACAAACAUGACAAGAAAUCAAUCUCUAUUUCUGGGACCAGACAUCAACAGCUUGUCGCUAAAAGACCAGCCGCAGCCAAUCACAUGUCAGGAUAGAUUCACCAAGACAGACAGCAUCUCUGACCUACCUACCCACCAUCAGAAGUACCUACCAGCUGGCAUUGAGGGAGAGUGGUGUCUACUCACAUCCAAAGAUCGCCCUUCUGCCUUUACGUACUUAUUUCAAGAUUAUAAACUUGGAAAGACCCUUAGAAAAGAUUUUGCAAUAUGCUACACCCACUGUAUGGCAUAUUCAUCAUACCUGAGGACUGGAUCCUAGUUGUUCUUCAUUAUGCUCAAGUGAAGAAUUCUAUGAAUUAAUGUGUGUGCAUACCAGAUUGUGUCAAUCUCUAUGCAGGAUUCAGAAUACAUGGUUGUGGGAAAACUACUGCUUUCAUCGAAAAAAGCUUCGAAUGAUGGAGUUGUGAAUUAGUAUCGAAUUAUUUCAUGGUACUUGUCUUAAUUGAUCUACUAAGCACCGUUUUUCGAUAUGCAUUUACAUUUACUUCGGAUAGCUGUAUAAGAUUCUUGCUUAUUGGGGACGGCACAUGCAGAUUUGUUUCAGACUAAUGAAAGCCUUCUUAUGGCCACCCAAGAAAAGAUCGGUAACUGGAUCUAUACUGGAGGGAAUUAACUUAUAAUUAUGAUACUGUGACUGUUACACAAAUGGAUCUUUUUAGUGUUCGACACUUACAAGGCUUAUCUCGCUUAAUAACAAACAAACACAAUUAUUCUAACUCUAAUUGAAUUGACUUUCAAUGUGCAAUUUUACCCUAAGCUUAUAUCUUGAAUAAACGUUUGUACAUAUAUAAACAAACUUUAACCGAGUGCCACAAGAUUUAUUACAUUUUGAAGACACGGCCGUGGGCUGGACUCAGAGCUGUAUGUUAGCUAGAUUUAGUCUCCUCACCCUGUAUAACAGUGCACUGUAUGCACCCCAUUAUAUUACAGUUGUGCUAUUCUGGCUAGCAUGCAGGGAAAGUUAAGGUGCUGUCAUAUACAGGGAUGUACAAAAUGAUAUGGUAACUUACAGUAGAUCUACAUCUAUAAUUAUGAAAACCUAUUAAACAGUUAUAUGAAGCCCUGCACUGCCUGCAGUUAAAUAGGGGUGGGGCUGGUAUGCAGCCACCUAUAAUAAAGGACUGUUGUUCAAUCAUGGUUGGUCAAAGAAGGCUCAAGCGACUGUCAAUUGUCUUUGUUGUCCUCUCAGUAUUGCUUUGGGCAGUAGACUAUCUUGUAAACUCCAAUGUGACCUGUGCCAUAUCACUGGACAGAGGCCUUGGAGCUCACUACUCUGACAAAGGGGUGGUACAAGAUAUCAGCAAUGUUUCAACGUGGUUCUCUAAAGAAGUGACAAAGAACUUCGAGUCACUGACACAGUCAAUGUGUCUGCCUGUAGAGGCUCUGUCUGGAAGCCGUGAGUCAUACUCAAUAUCAGAAGAUGAGCUGAAAAACAAGUAUGACUACUUUGGAACUCUUGUUGCUCUCGGAAACCUCCGCAUUACAAACUCACAGAAAAACCCGCUCAACAAAGCAAUUGAACUUCUUAGUAACAUCACAAAGAUAGUGAGGACAGCUGGACCAGCUUUUUCUUCCCUCUCUGGAGAUAUUAACCAGGAUGACAUCGCUUUGGAAGCACUCAAAUUACUGGUGGAUGGAGGAGUGAAUUUGCUAUCAAUAGCCAACCCCCAGGUCUCCUCUCUAGUAACCACACAAUUGGUGCAGCCAAUGGUGCAUACCAUGGAAGCCUCUGGAAUCCACUGGUUGGGGCUCAACGCCAAGUGUCACCACAUUGCUGUUGUGGGCGGCCAGAGGGUGGGAUUUAUAGCAAUGUGUGCUGGUCACGGACAGUGUUUACAGUCUUCACAAACUCCGUUUGCUCCAGUAAAGUACACCUCUAAAGUAGCCACUUCCGUGGUGAACAACAUAAAAGGGUAUGGAGUUGAAGUGAUGGUGGUGCUACUUUCCUGGGGAAGAGACAGUGGUACCUAUGCAGGCGAAACAGUUCUACCUAUCAUCAGAAAAUUGGCUCAGUUGGGAGUGAAUGUGAUUGUUGGAUAUGGACCCAACGCUGUCCAAGAUCAUGCCUACUUUGGAAGCACCCUUGUGAUAUUCUCUAUGGGUAACCUAUUGAGUUAUGAGCCAGACACACCCUACUGCUGGAAAAAGGAGUCUGGGAAGUGGGUGUUUGACGAUGCAAAGGAACAUUGCAAAAUAAUUCAUCCUUUAGCACGAGAAAACCUCCUAGAGAGAGAGACACAUACCAGGGUGUACAAACUGUACUUAUCAAGAUCACAGCCAGCAAUGGCUGAAUACAUCACUCUACCAAUGAGUUUGGACAGCAACCCAACAAGCAGUACCCACAAUCUGAGAGCACCAAUCACGCCUGACACAAAUGAACACUGGACUACAGUGUGUGGUGCCUCUGAUACAAACUGCCUAUCAUGCAAACCUUUCUAAAUCACUUUCACUCAGCAUUAAUUUGUUCAUCUGAUACCCAUAAUUAUUGAAUAAUUGAUACACGACAAUAAUAUUUAUCGAUUAGAA